CAGCAGCUUUGCUCUGACUCAGAAUAAACGGAUAUUUAAGCACAACCUGACCGUCUCCAACCUGCUGCUAUGUGUAAGGGGCUGGCAACGCUGCCCGCCUGCUGCUUGGAAAGGGCCAAGGAGCUGAAAGAAAGGCUGCGAAGCAUUCUGCAGAAGCCCAACUGGACUCUAGCCUGUUGCAAAAUAGGAAAAAAUAAGCCGACUCUGGAGGAAUGCCUCCGGUGGAAAGAAUCCUUUGAGAAGCUCCUCUCCAGCAAAUAUGGACUGUGUGCCUUCACAGCCUUCCUGGUCUCUGAGUUUAGUGAGGAGAACGUCGCGUUCUACUUUGCCUGCGAGGAUUACAGGAAAACCAAGUGUCCUGCUAAACUGCCUGCUAAAGCCCAGAAGAUCUACAAUGAAUUCAUCGGCAGCGAAGCUCCCAGGGAGAUAAAUAUUGAUCAUGAGACCCGUGACAUCACCAAAGCCAACAUGCAGGACCCCUCGCCAUCUUGUUUUGACCUGGCACAACACAGGAUCUACAUGCUGAUGGCCAAAGACUGCUACCCCCGCUUUCUCCACUCUCCAGCCUACAGGAGCCUGCUGUGCCAAGCCAGACCACGUGCUGGAGCCAUCAGCCUACCCCAAGAGAAGAAGGUGUGAAAGGACGUUGUGGGCGUCCGAUUUGGAAACCAAGUGAGGCAUGGCGUUUGUUGCUGCACGGUAAAGGGAAGCUGGUGCUGAGAUGAGCGCGGACGCUGAGAGCUGCGCCGGAUGCUUCCGUUCUGCAGAAGCGGUUUGCUCGAAGACAAGAGGAGACUGACAGGGAAGGAAGCAGAGCUGGACUGAUGUGCCAACAGAGAUGGAGUUGGUCUUAACUAGAAAAGAAAGACAAUCCAAACGUAGAGAACGAGGAGUCGGAAAAGCACUUUUGUUUGCCGUCAGGCAAACUUUUUUAGCUGUCAUGUGCAAUGUUCUACUUUUAAAAAUAUACAAGUGAUACUUUAUGAAUUUCUAUUUAUUUGUAUUUAUUGGCGUGUUAUGUGUUUGAUGUAUUUUUACAGAAAAAAAGUUUCAAAAUGUGCAAUUUCAUCCUAUUUAUACCAGUGUUUCUCUUCUUUUUUACAUCCAACAGUCCACUUUGUUGCUUUGAGAAUAAAGUGAAAACAUGAAA